GGUGAACCGCCAGCCAUGGCCGCGCCGCCGGAUCUGCAAGACGAGCCGCUGCCUCUGGCCGGCCCGGGGUCCCAGUGGUUCGGGGACCAGGGGGAGGGAAAGGACGAAGCGGUGACGCCGAAAGGGGCCAGGCCGGCGCCGCAGGCGGGGGAGCCCGACCCGGGGUCCGGGGUAGCGAGGAUGAUGCCGCGGGAACUGGGCUCGGGCUCCGCCCGGCCGCCGCCCGUUGCUAUGGAAACCGCAUCAUCCACAGGUAUGUCUGCUGUUUCCAGUGCCCUGGAUCAUUCCUUCUCAACACUGAAAGACGGAGAAGGGACAUGUUACACUUCUCUUAUCUCUGACAUCUGCUACCCACCUCAGGAGGACUCUACAUACUUCACUGGAAUUCUUCAGAAGGAAAACGGCCACGUGAUCACUUCAGAGAGUCCUGAGGAAGUGGGGACCCCUGGGCCCCCCUUACCAGAAGUGCCUGGGAUGGAGCCUCGUGGCUUAUUAAGUUCUGAUUCUGGAAUAGAGAUGACUCCUGCUGAGUCCACUGAAGUGAACAAGAUCCUAGCUGACCCCCUAGACCAGCUGAAAGGAGAAGCCGACAGAUACAUUGACAUAACCAGGCCAGAGGAGGGGAAGUGUCAGGCGCCACAUUCUCCUGAACUCAAAGAUAAAGACUUGGACUUUAAGAAUAAGGACACUGAAAUCUCCACAAGUCCAGACGGGGUCCAUGCACCUCAAAAGCCAGCUCCUGUGGAGGGAAAGAUCAUCAAGGACCACUUAUUUGAAGAAUCGACCUUUGCUCCUUACAUCGAUGAGCUGUCUGAGGAGCAGCACAGUGCGCCUCUGGUUACUGCUCCCAUCAAGAUCACGCUGACAGAGAUAGAAACCUCUGCUGUAACUGCUACCCAUGAGACGACUCCAGAGAAGCAAGACCUCUGUCUGAAACCAAGUCCUGACACAGUCCCCACUGUCACUGUCUCAGAGCCUGAAGAUGACAGCCCAGGAUCUGUUACUCCUCCAUCUUCUGGAACAGAACCAUCUGCUGCAGAGUCCCAGGGAAAAGCCAGCCUUUCAGAGGACGAGUUGGUAACUGCCAUCAAAGAAGCCAAGGGGCUGUCAUAUGAAACCACCGAGAGCCCUAGGCCGGCGGGCCAGGGCGCCGACAGACCCGAGGCCAAGGCCAAGCCUGGGCUGCCCACCCUGCCCUCGCCCCUGGACCACGAGGCCAGCAGCGCCGAGUCCGGGGACUCGGAAAUCGAGCUGGUGUCGGAGGACCCGAUGGCUGGCGAGGAAGCGCUGCCCUCCGGCUAUGUGACCUUCGGCCACGUGGCCGGCCCGCCGCCCUCGCCCGCCUCGCCGUCCAUCCAGUACAGCAUCCUGAGGGAGGAGCGCGAGGCCGAGCUGGACAGCGAGCUCAUCAUCGAGUCCUGCGAUGCUUCCUCGGCCUCGGAGGAGAGCCCCAAGCGCGAGCAGGACUCGCCCCCGAUGAAGCCGGGCGCCCUGGGCGCCAUCCACGAGGAGAGCUGCGCUGCGCGCGCUGAGGAGCCCGGCCAGAGAGGACCAGAGCCCGGCCCCUUCCUCCGCUUCCCCUCGGAUGUGCCCCAAGCCCGCCCCGAGGCCCCCUCCGGAGAUGGAGCCCCCGCACCCGAGGGCCUCAAGUCACAGCAGAAGCCUGCCCAAGAAGCUGCGAGCUCCAACCAAAGUCCUGCGGCCACCGAAGGCCCUGGACCUCGAGGUCCUGGCUUGGUGCCCCCUCUGCCGUUUCUCAACAAGCAAAAAGCUAUUGACCUGCUCUACUGGCGGGACAUCAAGCAGACGGGGAUCGUGUUCGGGAGUUUCCUGCUGCUGCUCUUCUCCCUGACCCAGUUCAGCGUGGUGAGCGUGGUUGCCUACCUGGCCCUGGCUGCCCUCUCAGCUACCAUCAGCUUCCGCAUCUACAAGUCCGUUUUACAAGCUGUGCAGAAAACCGACGAGGGCCACCCUUUCAAGGCCUACCUGGAGCUUGAGAUCACUCUGUCCCAGGAGCAGAUCCAGAAGUACACAGACUGCCUUCAGCUCUACGUGAACAGCACGCUGAAGGAGCUCCGGAGGCUCUUCCUGGUCCAGGACCUGGUGGAUUCCUUGAAAUUUGCAGUCCUGAUGUGGCUUCUGACAUAUGUUGGCGCUCUCUUCAAUGGCCUGACCCUGCUGCUCAUGGCUGUGGUCUCGAUGUUCACUCUACCUGUAGUGUAUGUUAAGCACCAGGCUCAAAUUGAUCAAUAUCUGGGGCUUGUGAGGACUCACAUAAAUGCUGUUGUGGCAAAGAUUCAGGCUAAAAUCCCAGGCGCCAAAAGGCACACCGAGUAGAUGGACAGCCCAGCGGGACGCGGACACGAGUGAGGGUGUCUGGAGUGGUACCAGCUCCCUUCCGACUCGCUACUGCAGAUCGAUUGUUUCUCCCUCCCAGUACCGUAAUCUUAGAGGCAACCCUUCAAACAGCUGUUUUCGGGCUGAACUCUUAGGAUAUUGUGUCAAGCACUAUAGAGAAAAGUGUAUUAGAUGUGGUUUAAAAUUUAUGUUGCUUAAAAAAAAAAUGUGCAUGAUGGUGAGAGCCCAUGUUACCCUUCCUCCUUCGAUGUUCUUCUUUCUGCCAUAUGUUCCUGUAGCUUCUAAUGUCCUUGUGGCUAGCUAGGCCCUUCCUGCCCAGUGCGCUGACGCAAUAGUGGAAAUCGCUUAUUAUGUCCUUGGGUUGCUGGUUGGAUUAAUCUUUAAUAACACUAUGUAGAAUUGUAGCCUGAUGUUCUAGCAUUUUUUUUUCAACACACACAAUGUAAAAAUUAAAAAAAAAAAAGUUGACCGUAUGUACUUAUGGUAACCAGUUUUGUAUAACUUAAACUAAUUAAAUGAACAAACCCCAAACGAACACAGUACUUUUGUUGUAUGGGACCGGCGGGCUAAUCCACAUGUAUGGUAACUAAAAGUACCAGCAUGUUGACUUUAUUACAAUUUCUAUUACUUUCUCUGUAGUUCCUAAUGGACUUAAUUAUGGACUCUGGAUGUUUGCACUUAUGUACUUGAUACUGAAUGCAUAAAUAAAUGUUACUAAAUGUAGAAAGUU